AAAAAAUGGCUCACAUCGUGCAAACUCACAAGCUCACCCUCCAUGACGUCGCCAUCGACCAGGCUCUCGUCUACAGCUCCGACUCGAACUGCGCUGAGCUCAAGAGAACUUUCCAGGUCGAGUUGGCUCAUGGCUACAAUGAGGUUAAAGUUCAGAACCUCCCAUUCGACCUCGUCCAGGACUCGAUCCGUGUUUCCGGAGCCGGCGAAGCUGUGAUCCACGACGUCUCCGUCAAGAACCAGGAGGGUGCCGAGUUUGUGAUCCCGGAGCGGGUUCUCGCAAUUAAGGCGAUCUUCGAGGAAAAGGAACGCGCCAAGGACAAGGUUGCCGAUAGCCGAGUUGCCGUACAGAAGCGCAUCGAGGGACUUGACAAUCUGAUCACCGAAGUCGCCAAGCACGGAAAGGACGGCGCCUUCCAUUUUGACGGGCGCACAAUUGAAAGUCUCAACGCCCUCCACGGAUUCCAUCAAGACACAACAGUGGAUCUUCGCGCUCAGAUCCGAACCCUGGAUCAAGACCUGCGAAAGGCCGAGGAAGAGUACGCCCGUGCUAGCCAAGACUACGACAAUACCGGAUACAGAUGGAGAAACUCUGCUCAGUAUGCCAGUAUUAUUGUUGAGUCAGAAGCCGGUGGUGCUGCACAGCUCACCAUCACCUACCAAGUGAACAACGUCUCCUGGACCCCGUUCUACGACAUCCGCGUCACUGCUGGUGUUGAAGCUGAGAUGCACGUCACCUACUUCGGAAAGGUCCGUCAGUACAGUGGAGAAGACUGGAAGACAGUGCCAUUGGUGUUGUCAACCGCAAGACCCGCUCACGGAGUUAAGCAACUUCCGAAGCUCGGAGCCCUCGAGGCAUCGAUUGUUGUGCCCGAACCAGAAUGUAACAGAGGUGGAAGAGGAGGUUAUGGAGGUGGUUACGCUCAGGAUUCAGUGGUGAUGGCCUGCGCGGCUCCGAUGAUGGAAAUGGGUAGAAGUAGAAAAUCCAUGAAAAUGUCCUAUGCGGCUGUGAAGUCCAGCAACAUUGCCUCCGAGUUCAGCAUUGGCCGCCCCGCCACCAUCGACGAUCGCACCGACGAGUACAAGGUGAACAUCGGACAAUUCACACUCGACACCAAGCUCUCCAACGUUACCGUCCCAUCCCGUAACGCCACCGCGUUCCUCGUCGCCAACUCGGUCAACACCUCCGACUACCCACUCGUCGCCGGUCAGGCAUCGAUCUUCCUCGACGGAGCAUUCGUCAACAAGACCGAGUUCGAAGAUGCGGUCGUAUCGCAAAAGUUUGAGGUGUCGUUGGGCGUCGACCCGAACAUCCGCAUCGAGUACAAGCCUGUCAGAAACUACCAGGAACAGAGCGGAACCGUCGAGAAGAUCAACUCUCAGGUCACCGAGAAGACCACUGCCGUCACUAAUCUUCGCCCCAACUCGGUGCUUCUCACCAUUCGCGAGCAGUUGCCAAGAUCCACAGAUUCUAGAAUUAAGGUCCACCUCAACACCCCAGAAGCCGUGGAAGUCGACGAGGCAAGCGUCGAGCCAACCGUCGGAGCCGCCAUCACUCCGGAGAAGAUUCUCGACUACACCGUCCAACUUGCGCCAGGACAGUCCAGCACUUUCGUCGUCAAGUACACUACCGAGCACCCACAGGCUGAGCAAAUUCGCUAUGAGGAGAAGUUCUGAAGUGCUUAUGCGAUGAUUUUUCCGCUUUAACUUGAUCUGUAUAAUUUAUAAAUAAUUCCUUUAAUGUCGCCAAAUAUGUAAAAUAAAUGUGUAAUUUCAG